AUAAAUAUGAGAAGUAUCUAUAUUUUAGGCUAUAAAUAUUUUAAGAUUUGAAAAUUUAUUUAGGAAUAAAAUAUGAAAAUAAUUAAAUGUUUAAAAAUUUCAACAGUAGUGAGUGAUUAACGUAUAUAAGGAUUUUAUGAUUAAAAUAAAAAAACACGAAUAGAGUCAAAUUAAGCCCUUUAAAUUUAGAAAUUUUAUAGAAAAAGAUAGGAUUUCAGUUAGAAUAAUUACAAAAUUAAGAAAAUUGAUAGAAACUCAUAAAAGAUGACUGCAAAGGCUCAAACGGCAAAUAUCAAUUGAACUUUUUAUCUACUAUAGUAUUUGUAAUAAAGAAUGAAAAUGAAGAAAAAAUAUAGAAUGGUUUGCUAUUUAAUUUUUUUAAAAAGAAUAAAUUGUCUGUUCUCUUAACAAGCCACUUCAAUAUUCUGAUAUCUUUCUCUUCUAGCCACUUAGUUGCCUUCUAUGAUUUGUAAUAACUUGAGUUGUCUUAUAAAAUUGUAAAAUCAGUAUAUUUUAUUUUUAUUUCUUCAAAGGAUUCUCUUAAAAUUUUGAUAUAUUCAUCUGAUUUUAAUGUAUCCGUUAUUUUUUUGAUAAAUAUACUAAGGAAAAUUAAAAAAUGAUUUGCCUUCAAAAAAUACAAAUUAUAUGAGCUCUCUAAAAUUAUAUUAGCAUAUAUUCUUCAGUAAUUUAUAUAUAGCUUUAUGCGUCUGCUUUAUUUUUUUAUUUAAAUUUUUUCUAUUUCAUAUAUUGUAUUUAAUUUGCUGUAGACAAA